AUUUUGGAACCUGUCUCUCCCAUUUGCUUCCUCACUUUUUCCUUGGCUUUAAACCUCCAUUCCCCUUCCUCAAGGAAACAAUGGCGGUAAGUUCCAAAGGGAGAACAACGGAGUUUGAAGUUUCGAGAAAGUUGAAAGAGAGAGAGGCAAGUCCUGAACGGACCAAAGUCUGGGCUGAACCUAAGAGUCGGAAAUCUGCAGAGAAAAAAGUCCCUGUUGUUUACUAUUUGUGCAGGAAUGGCCAGCUUGAGCACCCUCAUUUCAUGGAGGUGUCUCUCUCUUCCAACGAUGGACUCUAUCUCAGAGACUUUAUUAACAGAUUAAACCUCCUGAGAGGAAAAGGCAUGGCUAGCUUGUAUUCCUGGUCCUCCAAACGGAGUUACAGGAAUGGCUUUGUUUGGCACGACUUAUCCGAGAACGAUUUCAUCUACCCCGCUCACGGACAAGAGUACGUUCUCAAGGGAUCGGAGAUUCUCGAUACUUCACCGAAUCUGAUGACAUUAGAAGCUGCUUCGUCGUUUAGAUUACCAAGCCAAACAGAGUCUGAAAAAUCGGAAAACGAUCCUGAUUUUCCGGUGAUCACGAGGCUGAGAAACCAGUCAUGGAGUUCCAUUGACCUUAAUGAGUAUAAAGUUUACAAGGCUGAGUCGAACUCCGAGUCAAGUCGGAGACUUGCUGCCGAUGCUUCAACUCAGACGGACGAUAAGCGAAGGAGAAGAAAACCGGUCAAAGAAGCGGAAAUUGAGGAAUUGGAAAGAGAUGAAAGUCAAAGUCAAAGUCAAGAAUUUGAGCAAAACCAGAGUACAGUGCUAAGCAGGGAAGAGAUCUCACCUCCACCGUUGGAUUCAAGCCCAGGGACACCAGAGGCCUUGAUGAAGAGUGAAGGACGAAAUUUAAAUCGGACGGCUGAGGGUUGCACGAGUGGGAGGAUGAAGGCAUCAGCGGUUCUGAUGCAGUUGAUAUCCUGCGGGUCCAUCUCGUUUAAGGAAUGCGGGCCCAGCUCAGAGAGGGAUCAAGGGUUCUCGUUGAUUGGGCACUACAAGGCCAGAUUACCACGCGGAGCAGCGAAUAAUAGCCAGGUGGGAAAAGACUUGGGAGCAGAAAAGAAAAUUCGGAGCUUCACAAGGGGAAGACUGGAAGACAAGGAAUACUUCAGCGGGAGCUUGAUCGAGACCCAGAAAGAGCAAGUUCCUGCUUUGAAGAGAUCAUCUUCGUACAAUGCAGAUCAAGGCUCGCACUUGCAGUUGGCAGAAAAGGAGAUAGAUGGAGUGCGUACGAAGUGCAUCCCAAGGAGGCCAAAAGCUCUGCCAACGAAGAAAGAAGAAAGCCCUGGUGAAUGCAGCACAGACACGCAAAUGGGAAACGAAAGGCAGGACCUUUGAAGUGUAACACCAUUCCAGUGGUCUAAAGUGUGUGAAAAUCUAAAACCCCAGCUUCAACAGUCGUAGUUUUUAGGAUUUUGUAACUGAAAAUUAAGCACAAAUCCAAUAUAGUAAAGAAGAGAAGGAUAUCUAGCGUUGGACAAAACUGGUAGUAAUGGUAGUUGUGGGGCAUUGGGACCCCGGCAGGGUGGGGCGUGGCUCACACGAUUAGAGAGGAUAGGGUUGGGGAGUCAACUGAAUUGCCCAUCUUGAGUUGGGAGCUUUUGCAAAAGUGUAAACUUUUGGUGCCUUGGUGUUUGUGGGGGGUUGUCUUUUCCUUUAAUUUUGGUGAAUCGGCUCUAACUCCUAGUUUUCUUGGGCCUUUUUUUUUUUUUUUUUGACUAAAUGAGCUGACUUUGAACCACGGGACAUGGUUUUUGUUCAUGGGUAUUAUCAUCUGUAUGGGCUUUGGCAAAUUAGCACCCUUUUAUGCCUCCACGUGAGCUUUUGGGGGAUUAGGGAAGAGAUGAAGCUGUGUAUGGAAAUCUGUGCCUUUCUUUGCUUGUGAUGUCAUGUAUACGUUCUGCCAUCUGUCUUCAGAGUAUGCUAUGAAAUCAAUGAGUUUAAUGCUU